AUGGAGAAUAAUAAUAGUAAUAAAGAGUUUAAUGAUUAUUUAUUUUUUAAAAUAAUAAGAAAUAAGUAUUUAUUUUAUCAAAUACUUUAUCACAGAGAUUUAUAUUAUACAAAUGAAACUGUUGGUUUUAUUUCAAUUCAAGAUUUAUUAGAUAAUCAAUUUAAAAACUAUAUUACAUAUUUACAAUUAUAUUCAAAUGAUCCAAACACAUUUAAAUAUAUUCCAUAUUCAGUAAAUAAGCUAUUGGCAGUAGAUUAUAACAUUCUACUUUCACAUGACACUUUUCCAAAACACUUUCCAGUUACAAAUUUAAUGCUUAAAGAAUUCAACCAGCCUUUAUUGACCCCAUGCCAUUUACCAAACACUUUGGUUUCAUUAGAACUUGAAAGCUUUGAUUAUCCAUUAGAUCCAGGUUGUAUAAGUGAGUUACCAUUAAACAGUCUAAGCUUGUCCUCAUAUACAUCACCUAUAGAACAUGGCAUUUUUCCAUCAUCUCUAACUAAACUGCAGCUUUAUAACUAUAAUGAGCCUCUUCUUCCAAAUGUUUUACCCCCAUUGCUAGUUUAUUUAGAACUUCAAAAGUACAACUAUCCAUUAGAAGCAAACUGUAUUCCAUCUCUUGUCAAAAAUUUGGUUAUGGGGUCAUUCAAUCAACCAUUGAAACCUUACAUACUUCCUUCUUCUAUUAAUUCUAUUUCAAUGGAGGCUUUUGACCAAAUUUUAACAGAAAAUUGCUUACCAAAUUCUCUCACAGAUUUGAGCUUAUUCCUCUUCAAUAAACCUCUGUCCCCUGACGUUUUACCACAGUCAAUUGUAUCAUUACAACUUGGAUGCUUUAACCAAGUCCUAUAUAGAGAUCUUUUACCAAGAAAGCUCGAAAUAUUGAAUCUAGGUAAAUAUAACAAACCUCUUUCAAAAGAUUGUUUCCCCAGCAAUAUUAAAAGAUUAUCAUUAGAUUCAUAUGAUAUAAGCGAAAUUAAUUUUAUACCAGAGAGUAUCGAAAACCUAUCGCUAAUGGGGAAGAAAAACACCAUAACACAGCUUCCUUCGAGUAUUAAAGAUUUAACCAUCAGAGCUUGCUCGGCUAUUAUAAAAGGUUUAAUUCAACCAGGUUUAACUUCAUUAGUUUUGUUCAACUAUAAUUAUUCUAUUUCAUCUGAUAUUUUACCAAAUUCAAUAGAAUCCCUUUGGAUAAAUGGUAAAAUGGUUUGA